AUGCGCCUCGCCCACCUCCACCUCCCCAACAUAACCCCCUUCAGCCGGGUCGCCAACAUCCAACAAACACUGACAAGCCGACUCCUCUCCCACAAAAAGCACCUCACGCCGAACCCCCCGGACCCAACCAUAAUAACCUUCAGCCCGAAUCCCGUAUACACCACCGGCCGGCGCGACCUCCCACCCUCCAACACCAUCAACAAUGCCAAUGCCAACACACUCUCCCUCCCACCCAGCCUGGAACCAAUCCGCCAGAUCCUAACCUCCCCACAACCCAACACCACUUAUGACCCUACCUCCCGGGUAGCAGAAUACCACCCCACCCUGCGCGGCGGACAAACGACCUACCACGGCCCCGGCCAGUUGGUCGCAUACACGAUUCUGGAUCUACGACGGCUGGGUCUCACGCCGCGGUGUCAUAUACGGUUGUUGGAGAAUAGUGUGAUUGAUGUGUUGAGGGAGUAUGGGGUGAGGGGAAUGGUGACGGAGGAUCCGGGGGUUUGGGUGCAUGGACGGAAACAACAUGAAGGGUCUGAGGGGGGAAAAGGUGAGCUGCCGAAGAAGAUUACGGCGGUGGGGGUGCAUCUUAGGAGACAUAUUAGUAGUUAUGGGAUUGGGUUGAAUGUGACGGAGGAGCCGAUGUGGUGGUUUCGGCAGAUUGUGGCGUGUGGGUUGGAGGGGAGGGAGACCACGAGUUUGCAGGGGCUUGGGGUGGAGGGGGUGGAGGUUGAGGAGGUGGCUGGGAGGUUUGUGGGGAAGUUUGUUGGGAGGGUGAAUGGGGAUUUUGCUUGUGGGGAUGGGGCGACGGGGGAGGGGAUUGAGGAGGUUUAUAGGGUGAGUGAGGAGGAUUUGUUGAGGGAGGAUAUGGAGUGA